AUGGAGAUCCGCGGCAUUGCAAGAGUGCUUGUUCAGCAACGGAAGCAGGAAAGACUCAACGAAGAGUCUGCAUCAGACAACCCCAGUGGAAGCUCGGAUAUAGUACGGAGAAUGCAGAUAAUAGAGCAGAUCCUUCUUGAUGCCAAACAAGAUCGUCAAGAGAUCGAGAGUCAGUGGGUACCGCCAUCUUCACGUCGAAGCCGUCUCAGAGGUGGCUCGAGCGUAGGCCUGUUUGACUUUGACGAUCAACUCGACCCCGAUCAGAAUCGCACCAUUCCUCGCGACUCCCUCGGCCAACGCGACGAAGCCAGCAAUGAAGGUUCUAGCCGGACUGAAGCAGCGGAGGUUUAUGCUAACAAUCUAAGUCUCAUGCCGUACGUUAUUCCUCAUCGUAGAGCGAGCAGCGAUACACGCAAAAGUUCUAUAGCAAUGACCUCAGGAACUAAUGUCAGCCGAACGCUGUCACCAGACGAGUUCGUCGAUGGUAUUGGACAAGGCCAGCCACCAAGGCAUCUCCGCUGUUCCGGACGAGGACAAAGAGCCGCGGGAGGGCGAAGCAGAAGAGCAGCCUCGUCUGCUGCAACGUCACAAGUUGAGGUCAGGCACCAAGCGACUCGGCAGCCUCGACCACCACUAGUCAACUCGCACGCUACAGCUUUCCAGCAGCCGCGAAGUGGACGCUCUAGAAAACGCCCCAGUACCGCCACGCCAAAGCCUUUUGAAGCUCCCGAAACUCUAACUGAAGACGAAGAACGCGACAGGUGGCAGACUGAUUUAAGAGCUCAAAUCCAGGAUGAGGUGAACAGAAGCAAAGAAACCACAGGAGACCGUACGAGCGAUGUCGAAAAGACGAGUGCAAGUUCACAAGCGACGUCUGCCCGAACUCAGGAUCUGCGAGGUGGUGCAGGGCCGAGACUUUUUAUGCCUAGCUUUAGCUCGGAGGAAGAUGAUGGUAGCGACCCUUGUAGUCCUGCAGAAUCCGAAGGAAGCAUCAUUUUGUGCCCGGCUGUGUCAGAUACGACAAGGACGAGGUUGGCUAAAGAGCAACUUCUUGGUAUGGCAAGACACUCAGAGUAUUCUCAGUGGCUGUACGAUCGAGCCACGAGAGUCGUACCCUCAAGAAAUGCGGUUUAUCAAUCUUAUCCCACUAGUCAACGUUUUUAUCAUCAUCACUACUUUCACACCACGACUGCUGAUUCUGCAGCAUCAAGUCCACAGCCACGUUUCGGACCUGAUGCGCAGAAUAACCUCUUUACCACAUCGCAUGCUUCUCCUGGGUCAGACACAUCCGGACACGACUUGUUCAAAUCCCCAACUUAUUCCACGUCUCAACGUCAAUCCCGGUCGUCAGCUUCCACUAAGUCGACUCGAUAUCGAAACAAACUCAACUUCGACGUCUUUGAGGACGCGCUAGUGCCUGCCGAUUACGACGAGCUUGGUCAAUUAGCACCAGACGAGCGAGAGCCUCUUCAUAGUCUAGGCCGCAAUGCCACUGCUGGUAGGCUUGCAUCGAACGCAGCCGCCAUUCUUGAUCAGCAAGGCCGACAGGCACAGCGCCAUCAUGGUAGCGAAGAAGAUAGUGCUGAAAUUUCGCCUCGAACGACCUUAGCCAGUCAGACUCUUGUCGCAGAACCUGUGCCUGCUAUUCCUAGCCCUGCUCAUGAUAUACAUGUCUGGACAAGUUUAAUUCCCGAGCCUGGGAGCUCGGCAAGGCGUCAAGAUCCGCAUAUCACAUCGGACGAAGAGGAUAGCGGGGAUGAGGAUGCCGCUUCAUCGACCGACCCACUACCUUUUGGUCUCUUCGGCAGAGGUCGUCGCCAUCAAUGCCCGAAAUGUUACCUGUGGCACGAAAUAGCGCCGUCUAGCAGCAUGCCGAUGGUGGGAACCUCGCCACGGGAAUACAGCAGGAUGUGCACAUGUCCCGAGUGUAGAUAUGUACACAGGCAGAGGAAGAACGCUGACACUGAAGCUAUGGAUGACGCUACACUAUUCACAACCGACAGAAGCAAAAAUGUCCUUGAUCGACAGGCAGACCUGGCAGCAGCACGCGGCAACAGUCCUCCGCCAGAUUCAGUAUUAUCCAGCCCUGCCUUUGACUGGGUCAGCAACGGCGGCAGGCAAGCAGUUAACGUCCUCACCACGAGCAAGCAGGGCGAGCAAUUGGUGCUCACCAUAAAUGCAGACGGUACUGGGAAUGCACGAAGAUGCUUUACUGAUACUCAUCGUGCUCCACGAACCAGUGCGGUCCAUAGAGGAAACGCUAGUACUCACAGCAGGCAGGAAGCGGGACGAUGCGCGGAUCGAAGUUAUGAUUCUGUUCCUCGACCACCAACGGUAGUAGGUUCUCCCUCGAAGCCACCAAGGUUGUAUCAGGUGGAGGUGGUGGAUGAGAUUAAUGAGGACUAUGAUGAUGAUGGUGCUGCUGCUGAGAUAGAGGAGGCGAGAGCGGAGGAGGUGGUGGCGAAGUGGAGGCGGUUGAAUAGGAUUCUUUGA